UUUUUUUUGUGCACUUUUUUUUUUUCCUCUACAUUUGCAUUUUUUCUCUUUCGCGGUAUCAACACAGUUAAAACCAAGUGACAGCAUACUCUUAUAAAAGAAAAAAACCGAACUAUGCCACCUGCUUUCCAACCUCCCUAUGCUGUACCUGCACCUGGUGCUGUCCAAAAACAAGGUGAAACCGUACCUUAUCGUCACUUCAAAUUCGUAGACAAACUCGUCGCUCGUCCAUCAGAAGAUAUCAGAACGCUCUGGGAUAUGUACUUGCAUGGUUAUCAACUAGCUGGCGAACGUCCUUUCAUGGGCACUCGUCGCAUUGAUCAAGACGGUCAAGCCAAAGAAUACGUUUGGCAAACCUAUCCUCAAGUACAUGAGCGAAUUACAAACUACGGAAAAGGAUUACUGCAACUUGGUUUGACAAGACAAAAGGCCAUUGGUGUCUAUUCAGUGAAUCGACCUGAAUGGACAAUGACAGAAUUGGCUUCCUAUCGUCAAUCCUUCAUUAUUGUUGCUUUGUAUGAUACACUAGGAGAAGAGGCGAUGGAAUACAUUGUCAAUCAAACAGAAAUGGAGUUCAUUGUACUUAGUGCUGACAAACUUGACAACAUCACUCGAUUAGUUAAAAAUAAGAGUUUGGGAUACAUCAAGACCGUCAUUGUGAUGGAUGAUACGAUUGAUCCUAGCAAGAAACAAACAGCUGAACAGGAAGCAGGUAUUAAGGUAUUGACAUUCCGGGAAGUGGAAACAUUAGGUGCGUCUGUUCAAGGAGAUCAACUUGGAAAUACGCAACCUGAAGACAUUGCGACUAUCUGUUAUACAAGUGGUACCACAGGUGUUCCCAAAGGUGUUGUCUUGACACAAAGUGCUAGUGUAGCUGCCAUUUCGAGUAUCUCUGCUGUGGGUGAUAAAGGGACAUUUGCCUUGAUCACUCGCGAUGACGUUUAUAUUUCUUAUUUACCUUUGGCGCAUGUAUUUGAACGUGCUGCUCAAGGUAUUCAUAUAUUCAAAGGUGCUGCUCUUGGCUAUUACCAGGGCGAUACAUUAAAAUUGUUAGAUGACAUUGCUGAACUCAAGCCUACUGUUUUCUGUUCAGUCCCUCGUCUUUUCAAUCGUAUCUAUGAUAAAGUACUUGCAGGUGUCAAGGCCAAAGGCGGUAUCGCUGCUUAUCUGUUCCACACAGCAUUCAAUGCGAAAAAAGCGCAAUUACACAAGACCGUCCACCAUUGGCUUUGGGAUCGCGUUGUAUUUGGCGCCAUUCGACAAAAGCUAGGUGGUCGUCUUCGCUUCAUUCUGAGUGGUUCAGCACCUGUCUCACCUGAUGUAAUGGACUUUAUGCGCAUUUGUUUUUCAGCAAAGGUUUACGAAGGCUAUGGUCAGACCGAGAACUUUUGCGCUGGUUGUUUGACAAUCACCGACGAUAAUACCUCAGGUGUGGUCGGCGUUCCUUUCCCUUGUUCUGAAAUCAAAUUAGUCGAUGUACCUGAUAUGGAAUAUCAUUCUACCGAUAAGCCUUAUCCUCGCGGUGAAAUUUGUGUUCGUGGCCAUGCUGUAAUGCGCGAAUAUUACAAGACACCUGAAAAGACGGCAGAAGCUGUAGAUCAGGAUGGCUGGCUACAUACAGGCGAUAUUGGUAUGUUUGAUUCCGCCAAUCGUCUUGUAAUCAUUGACAGAUUGAAAAACAUAUUCAAACUCUCUCAGGGUGAAUAUAUUGCUCCUGAAAAAAUCGAAGGCGUCUAUCAGAAACACGAAUUGGUUGCUCAAGCUUUCGUCUACGGUGAUUCUAUGCAAGCUUCAUUGGUAGGUGUCAUUGUUCCUGAUAAAGAAGCGUUCCCUGCUUGGCUCCAAAAGAAUUUCCCAGAAGAGAAACAACCCUACACUUCGUCCGAUGUCAAGAAAGAAUUACUCAAGGUACUCAGCGCUUAUUGCAAACAGAAUGAUUUGAAGGGCUUUGAACAAAUGCGCGCUGUUCAUUUGACACCUAAUGAGUUCUCAAUUGAAAACGAUUUAUUGACCCCCACCUUCAAACUGAAACGCGAAACAGCAAAGAAAGUGUUUGAAAAAGAGAUUAAUGAAAUGUAUUCUACUCUAUCCAAUGGACGUGCUUUCAACUAGAAACAAAUGCAGCAUCAGUAGCAUCAGCAAUGACUGUUUUACUAUUGACUAUUAUGCUAACUCAUCCCCACACAUACUCAUUUUUAUUCAUCAUUCUAUAUUCCAACUAAUAAAUCUAUAAACCCACAAGGAACUUUUUUCUUUUCUAGUCUUUUUAUCAAAGCACA